AUGGCGUUAACAAGGAUGACGAAAAACCUUCUUUUGAAACCAUAUUUUCGUUUUCAAUCCCAAAAUCCCUUCUCUGUCAAAACAUUAUCAGCAAUUGCAAGCUCAGCGGACCAAGAAUCAGACUGUUUGGAAUCCCAAAUCAGAGGUUUAUGUCGGAAUCCUACCUCCAUUGCCGAUUUGAAGAAAGCUUUCUCAAUGUAUGAGCAAUCUUUCAGUACGGGCCUCGGUCCUUCGGGAUUCACGGGCGAAGUUCUUUUGCAAAACCUUGCCAAGAAGAAAGAGUACGAGAUGGCUUUUACUGUUUACAAGAAAAUUACAAGUGCUGGGGCUUUGCCCCAAUUUAUGUCUUUGUCCGCUUUGGUUGAAUGCUUGGUCCAUUUUUGUGUGCCCGAGUUGGCUGUGUCAGCGGUUGGUUUGAUUGUGAAGCGCGGGUAUGUCGUCAAAGCAUACAUUGGGAAUGUGGUGUUGAAUAGUUUCUGUUGUAACGGGUUUGCUGAUAAGGCCGAGGUCUUUCUCGGCGAAUUGGAGCGAAAUUCUGUUCUUCUAAAUGCAGAUAGUUACCAUAUCUUGAUAAAGGGAUUCUGCCAGGUGAGGAAAUUAGGCGAUGCCUUGCGUGUAAUAAAAAGAAUGGAAUGUGCGAAUAUAGCUCCUGAUGACGUCGCAUACCAUAUUCUGAUGAGAGCCCAUUUUGCAGAAGGUCGUGUGGAUGAGGCCACUAGAUUAUUUGAGGAGAUGAGAGAAAAAGGUUUGGAACAUGAGGUUUCUUCAUAUGGCAUUCUUAUAAAUGGCUUUUGUAACAAUGGGGAUGUUGAUCGAGCGAAUGAGCUUUUUGAUGAGAUGUCGGGUAAAGGAAUUUCUCCAAACUUGGUCGUAUACUCGUGCUUAAUGCGCGGGCACUGCCAGAAGGGUAACCUGAAAGAAGCCAAGCGGUUGUUCAAUGAUAUGGUCAGAAGCGGGAUUCGCCCUGAUGUGGUCACAUUCACAGGCAUGAUAGGCGCUCUCUGCCAACACAGAAAACCCGAGAAAGCCUUGGAGCUUUUCAAUUUCAUGAUCGAAAAGGGAGAAGAACCCAAUAUUGUAACAUACAACGUUCUGAUUAAUGGAUUAUGCAAGGCAGAGCUUUUGGAUGAUGCUUUCAAGAUUCUUGAAAUUAUGGCCAAGAAGGGCAAGAAACCAGAUCUCGUGACAUACAAUACGGUUAUGGGCGGCCUCUGUGAACUCGGGAAGGUCGAUGUUGCCGUGAAACUUUUCAACUCGAUGACAUCGGACGAGAGCUGCGCGGGGCCCGAUGCGUGGACCAUUUGUAAGCUUGUCCAAGGCCUGUGCAGAGAAGGCCAUCUGAGGAAGGCCGAAAAACUCAGUCUUGAGAUGGCCAAACAGAGGAAAAUCGACGUGGCCCCGUAUUCCGUUCUGAUCGGAGCUUAUCUGAAGGAAAGAAAUGCCAAGAAAGCGAUGAGGCUCUGGAGAGAGUUAGUCCCGCUCGGGUUAACCCCCGACUUGAUGAUGUACGGUGCUUUCAUAAACGGGCUGUGCAGAUGUAAUCUCUUAAACAUUGCAAAAGGAAUCUUUACUAAAAUGAAAAUCAACGGACCAAAUCCUACUUCGUUUUGUUAUAAUGCAUUGAUGGCUGCACUGUGCGGUGAGUCCAGCUUGGAGCAAGCAAGAGCGUUGUUUAGGGACAUGCUUGAAAGUGGGUGUAGUCCUGAUGUCGUCUCGUACAAUAUCAUGAUAAACUCCACCAUAAGGGCUGGGGAUAUUCAAUCGGCUAAUAAUAUGAGCGUCGAUAUGCAGCAGAGGGGUUUGCAUCCGGACGUCUCGACAUUUUCGAUGCUCAUCAACAGGUUUUCGAAGUUGGGGCUAAUGGAGGAGGCUAAGAGUUUAUUUCAGAGAAUGAAGUCGUGCGGUUUUGCACCGGAUGUCUUUGUUUUUGAUUCUUUACUCAAAGGGUUCAAGGCCUCUGGCAAAAUGGACGAAAUAAUCGACCUGCUUCACGAGAUGGCGAAAUCGGGGGUCGGUCUCGACGAUGAGCUGACCUCGACUAUCUUGACUUGUUUGUGUGAUAUGCCGGAAGGACGUGAUGUAGCUAAGAUUCUGCCGAGUUUUACGCAGGAGGGACUGAAAGGGAGUAGCUUCUCGUGUGAUGAACUGUUAACGAGGCUCCAGAAUGUUAUUCCCGCGCUUAAGACUUCUUCGUCGGUGCAGCUGAAGAAACAUAAAGCCGUUCCAUAUAUUUUUAUAGGAUAUUGA